UAAGAUUUUUAUUUUUAUAUAAUUAAAUAAAACAAAAAGGAGUUAGUCAGUCCACUUUUCUCUGUUUCGAGUGUGUUAAAGACUUCUCAUAAAUAAUAAUUACUCCACUAGUUCAUGUCUUUCUUCCAUUACUGCUCCCCAUAACACGCCGCCGCCAACAUCAACACCGCCGUCGUUAACCUAGUCAACCACCGAUUUCCAAAUUAGAACUCAGAUUUUGAUCGAUCUCACAUGGGCGAACAAACCCUGACACCGCCUGAACCACAGGUUCAAUCUCAGCCCCCAAAUGACUCCUCCUCCACCCCAACCCAAUCCCAAGCCUUAGCUCAAACCCAAACUCAAAACGCGAAUAAUAAUACCUCCACCGGCGCUGUUUCUACCGUUAGCACUGUCACUUCCGCCGUUGUAGCUUCUCCAACGGAACUUACCAAUGCUCCUCCCCCGACCUCGUCCCCUCCUUCGAAGAUCCCUUUCCGCCCUAGAAAAAUCCGGAAACUUUCCCCUGACCCGAAAUCCGACCCUAAUGCCUCCCAACAAGCAACGACUUCCUCAGCGUCCGUAACGGAACCGCCUAAAACCGUCGCCAAAACUCCCAAAACAAAACUCACUCAACAUCGAGCCCUAGCGGUUGUGGCUCCACGAAUAAUGGCCCGGUCCCUCUCUUGCGAAGGCGAGGUCGAAGCCGCCAUCCGCCACCUCCGCAACGCCGAUCCCCUCCUCGCUUCAAUAAUCGAUCUCCAUCGACCUCCAACUUUCGACACUUUCCACACCCCUUUCCUCGCUCUUACUCGAAGCAUUCUCUACCAACAGCUCGCUUUCAAAGCUGGCACUUCCAUCUACGCUCGCUUCAUCGCUCUCUGCGGAGGCGAAAACGGUGUUGUUCCUGAAACUGUUCUUUCCUUAACCCCUCAACAGCUCCGACAAAUUGGUGUCUCGGGACGAAAAGCGAGUUACCUUCAUGAUCUUGCGAGAAAAUACCAGACUGGGAUAUUAUCUGACUCGGCGAUUGUUAAUAUGGAUGACAAAUCACUCUUUAGCAUGCUUACUAUGGUAAAUGGGAUCGGAUCUUGGUCGGUUCAUAUGUUUAUGAUUUUCUCGCUUCAUAGACCCGAUGUUUUGCCGAUUAAUGAUCUCGGGGUUCGAAAAGGGGUUCAAUUGCUUUACAAUUUGGAGGAGUUGCCAAGGCCUUCGCAGAUGGAUCAGUUGUGUGAGAAGUGGAGGCCGUACAGGUCAGUUGCUUCGUGGUAUCUUUGGAGGUUUGUGGAGUCCAAAGGGGCUCCUUCGAGUGCUGCCGCGGUUGCUGCUGGUUUUAGUCUUCCACCGCCGCAGCAAGAGGAGCAGCAACAACAUCAGCAGCAGCCCCAGCUUCUCGACCCCAUUAAUAGCAUUCUCAACCUUGGAAGACACAAUGGAGAAAAUGUAAACACGUGUGCCCCUGUAGUGGCGGCUUGGAUUGGGGUUUUCCAUGAAUUCCAAAAAUAUCCCAAGUUUAGAUUCAUCAAUGUCUUACGGGACUAAUCGUUUGAUUUUGGGAAAGGGAUAACAUGAAAUUCUUCUGCCAAGUAGUUCAUAUAUAUGGGGCCUGUGCUUGGGGGCAAUGAUUGCCAUUGGUAACAGAAUUGUUUGGCAUUUGUCACAAUUCAUUGAUCGCUUGAAGGAUAGGGGCUUCAAGGAAAAUGUUCGUGUGUAAUUAGUUGUUCUGAAAGCCAUUAACGUGAUAGGCCUUAAGAGUAAAGUCUUUCAACUUUGGUCUCGUAAAUCUGCUUCGAGAUUGAAUAAGCACAAUGCCCAGUUCUUUAGUCUCUGUGAAAGGACACCAGUUAUAGCUGUCAACUGUAUCGAAUAGGACAUUAGUAGGAGUUCAAUUCACCGCUGGAUGUGUCGUUGCGUCCCUUGAACUGUCUAAAUUCUGGCUGCGUGUUUGUAUAUUUUUGCAACUGAUGCACAUGUUUGAAGUCAAACCCUUUUUUGAUAAUCAAUUAAUGACCAUCUAUGGUAAAGCCCGACUUAAUUGAUAGCCAUAAUGGAAUAUUGGUUUCUGGUGUUGACACUGGAAAGUACAAAAUCUGGAUGAAGAAUCAUUAGCUGGAACGCAAAGAUUGAUGUAACAGGGACAACCAUAAGCACUUCCUCUUGGAAAUCCAUGUCUUGGUCAAUUUGACUAGGAAAUCCUGAACUGUUAGAUAAGGUUGCAGCAAACCCAUGGCUUGUAAUCGGAUGGUGGGUUAAGUGUGGUUGGUGCAUUAUUUUCAAUUGUUUGUAAGUGAGAAGUGAGCUCGAAUAUCAAGUCAUAUGGGCGAGGCGACAAGCUUUAGCCUUUAGGACCAAACCACUCUUCAAUUGGGCCAAAGAUGGAUGAAGAUGCUAUUCCAAGUGUAGAUGGUGCAUUAUUCUCAAUUAUGGUUAAGCAAGAAGUGAGCCCCAAGAUCGUGUCAUAUGGCCGAGGUGACCAGCUUUGGGUCCAAGCCAGUCUUCAUUUAGGCCAAAGAUGGAUUCAACUAAUCAGGAAGGCGUUCUACCCUCACUUUUACGGUAUGUUUGGAUUGAGAGAGAAGAAAAAAAAGAAA